UAAAAACUGUCAAAACGCCUACAAAACAUAUUACAGAGCACGGUGUAACAAUAUUUAAAGUAUACAGUUGUGUUAAAGGCAACACACCUUCUUUGAGAAUGUUUGCUUCACUCCUUUGGGUCAUACUAGGGUUGUGCUACUGUAGCAAGGAGAGCAGUCAGUCACAUCUUGGUUAUCCACAACUAUCUGGCCCUUCAGAGGCUUUGGUGAAAAAAGUUGCAGAUUUUAAAUGUGAUCUGCAGAUCUACCCAAAGAAUAUAUCUAUCACACUGGAGUUCUACAAUGAGGAUAAGCAUAAGAAGUUGGGUGAAUACACCUUUGCCGAGGAUGGUGCAUCUUUUCCGAUGGUGAUCGGACAUGACCAUGAUGGCAACCUGGUGUGUGUGGCCAAAGCACCUAACAUAAAUGCCACUGUCAGCAACGUACACUACCUGAAGGUUAUUGAACCAGUGAAAGGUGCAGUGAUUGAUGUCCGUUCAGGUCCAGUUGAAUUCUUUGAAGGGAAGACACUGGAGCUAAGCUGUAAUCAUACUGCUGGAACUUAUGUCUCCUACAAAUGGCUACUGAAUGGUCAACUUGUCUCUCAGGCUCUUCAAUACCAUAACCGUCUCUUAAUCAACGGAACUACUUCUAAAGACAGUGGCUCUUACAUAUGCAUGGCCUUCAACGAAUUCAACAAAACAAAGUUCUUCAACGCAAGCAGCACUGAAGUUGUAAUCACAGUCAAAGACUUGGUGUCAAGACCUGACAUCUCCUUCACUGUGCUAAAGGAGGAUUCCCACAACUAUUCUGCCAUGGUCACCUGUGAGUCAGCAAAGGGGACUCCGCCUGUCACCUUUUCACUUUACAACAGAACAGAGUUGGUUGCCAAUAUGACAGCUAAAGACAGAAAUGCCACAUUUAAGGUUCCACUGGUCUUAGGCAAGCACAUGGGAGAUCUACAAUGCCGGGCAAAUAAUGGAGACGCGACUGAACACAGUAAAUGGAUUCCCAUAGUAGUUGAACCAGUGAAAGGUGCAGUGAUUGAUGUCCGUUCAGGUCCAGUUGAAUUCUUUGAAGGGAAGACACUGGAGCUAAGCUGUAAUCAUACUGCUGGAACUUAUGUCUCCUACAAAUGGCUACUGAAUGGUCAACUUGUCUCUCAGGCUCUUCAAUACCAUAACCGUCUCUUAAUCCACAGAACUACUUCUAAAGACAGUGGCUCUUACAUAUGCAUGGCCUUCAACGAAUUCAACAAAACAAAGUUCUUCAAUGCAAGCAGCACUGAAGUUGUAAUCACAGUCAAAGACUUGGUGUCAAGACCUGACAUCUCCUUCACUGUGCUAAAGGAGGAUCCCCACAACUAUUCUGCCAUGGUCACCUGUGAAUCAGCAAAAGGGACUCCACCUGUCACCUUUUCACUUUACAACAGAACAGAGUUGGUUGCCAAUAUGACAGCUAAAGACAGAAAUGCCACAUUUAAGGUUCCACUGGUCUUGGGCAAGCACAUGGGAGAUCUACAAUGCCAGGCAAAUAAUGGAGACGCGACUGAAGACAGUAAAUGGAUUCCCAUAGUAGUUGUCCCGGUUGAAGGGCCUGUCAUGAUGGAUUACGACCAUGACAUUGGAGAAAGCUAUGAUGUGGUCAGUCUGACCAUCUACUGCAAGGCAGCGAAGGGAUCUUUUCCACGGUACCAGUGGUUCCUCAACAAAACCCUCCUAGAUGACCGAGGAAGCUUCUACUCUGUGGACCACCAGCCUCCACAACAGUCUAUACUGAUGCUGUCAGUAGGGUGGCGGAGCGCCGGGACGUACCACUGUAGUGUGUCAGACAGCUUUGACCACACCACUGCCAGAAGAAGCAAAAGGGUGUAUUUGGAUAAACAUGUGCUGAAUCGUAUCCCCAUCUUGGUGGCAACAGUCGUCUUUGGAUGUUUCACAGCCAUGAUUCUCGUCGUCUCCGUUUGUUGCUUUCUUGGAGUGGUGUUCAAGAGAAGGCAUUAUGGAGAGAGGCCUAUGUUGGAGAUGGAGAGCAUGGUAGGUGCCCAUGAAGCCGAGCUGGAUUUGUCAGAGUACAAUGAGGACACUGAUGUGCUGACGGCAGCCAAAGAUGCUGAAUUUGAUCAGACAUCUGAAGCCUCUGUGGAUGAAUGGCCCCAAAUUGAGGAAGAGAAGAAGACGUUGGAAGAUGAACCAGUUAAGGAGCCCUGAAGGGUUCAAACUGUUUGUCCUGUAAAUAUAAGCUGUUGUGGUGAAAUAAACAUCUGCAAAUGA